UCUAGGUUAAUAGGUUAGUCCCAAAAAACAUAUAAAAUAGCAUAUAAAUACAUAUAAAACGUCCUAGAUGGAUAAUAUAAUAGCAUGGAACAAUCAAAACUUAUAGAUACGUUGGAGACAUAUUAGUGGGGGACUGAUGCAGACGAAGGUGGGUGGGGGCAGCAGCGAGCGGGACGAGCACGCGCACGAGGAACGGAUCCCGCCGCCGCCAGUCGUCGCCUGGCUUUGCCCGACAUCGUUUGCUGGCGGCGGCGAGGUGUGGCGACCGGCGAGGGGGGUUUUGCGGCGGUGGUCGGUGGGACGCCUGCCCGAGUCACCUCACAGAGACGACGGGGGGGGGGGGGGGAAGGGGGUUCGGGAAAAGUUUUCUCAGAAUACACUUCAUUUAGCAAGCAUGAAGGGGCUGCGAGCACGCCACUGGCGUUGGAUCGAUGGUCAUGCCUCAGCGGCCCCUUCUUACUCGAGCUCCAGAUCCAUGGCACCAACAGCGAGGUAAGCAACGACACCUCCUCUUCCAUCAUUUUUUCACCAUCUCCAAUUGAAGAGCUUUAUUAGAUUUGCUUGGGUUUGUAUGAAAGGUUGACUAAAAUUUUGAAGAAUGUCCCAUAUACUUUAGUGCUUAUAUAUGCUUGUCUUAAAUUCUUAUGGCUUGAUUUCUGCCCAUAGGAAUUUGACUAUUGGCUUUGUUGUCUCUUAAAAUGGAUAAUGGAUAAUACACAUUUGGUGACUAAGCUUGGCGACUAAACUUGGCGACAAGCUCGCCGUCUCUAUUCUCGUGCACUUCUUACUGCAUGUAUCCCCGUCUCUAUUCUUAGGAGACAUGCUGAAGAGUGUCUUCCUCUCGUUGCUUCACAGGGCAUGUCAAGAAUUGGCAGCCAAGGAUCUCCAUGGAACUGAGUGGCAUUUCUUGGUGAUAUUACAAUUUGAGCAUUCGGUUUGAAGCCCCUUUAUUUUUAGUCGUUGUGCUUUUAUUGUUUUAGUGUAGCACUUCAUGUCACAACUGAAUGUUGAAUUCAUUACUUCAUGAGUAUGUGUGGCCUUUCUCCCUCUGUGUGAUUCUAUAUCAUGCCUUCUAGUGUUUUGUGUUUUAGAUGCCCUAAUCUCCUUGUAUUUGAAUGUCAUUUAUUUAGCUAUUUUGAAAUUUAUAGUGCAACUUCUUACUUAAAUGCCAUGUCCACGUGUUACCAAAGAUAGAAAGAAGAAAUUAGAAUGGGCGACUGCCAACCUGGCACUGCCUAGCUUCCUCUCAGGGGGUGAAAUCACUGUUCUGACCUUGUCAAUGUUUAUAGUCACAAACUGAACUCGACGUGAAAGUAUUUCAUGAUUUGACCCUUUUAAAAAUGCCAGAGCCCGCGGCGUUUCCACCCAACAUAGAAACACCGAGCAAGCUAGCAUUCCCUGUCAACACGGAAAUGCCGAGGCAGCUAGCGUUUCUGCCCUGGCCCACAGUCAGUCUGAACCCGCUGUUUUCGCCGACGUGGCACGCGUGAAACGCCAAGGUCCUUGGCGUUUCUGAACUAGAUUAAGUAACGCGCGCGGGCCGCGGGGGCCUAACCUAGCCCACUCGCAGUCCCAGCCCCGGUCGGGCAGUUCUUCCAGGACGAACUGGCGGCCGCCCCCUCCCUCUUCUUCACCAAAUCUCCCCCAGAUCUGCUAUUUUGAUAUUAAAACGAGUAGAUCGGAGCAUCCCCGAGUUGCUUGAGGUAUUCUCUUCCCAAUCCUCCAUUUAUUUUCAGUCAAGAUUGGCUAUUGUAGAUGCAUUUUUUCAAACAUGGUGGAACCCUAAGAUGAGUUAUUAGUGAUUUGUUUGAUGAAUAUUUUGGGUACAUUAUGUUUAGAAAGAAGACAUAUGCUCCUUGUGUUGAAGUAUUCUUAGUUAACUUGUUUAGUAUUGGAUUUAGAGAGAGACCAUUUUUUGGAUUAGGUUGAACCUAUUGUUUGUUAAUAAUUAGUUGUGAUAGAUUCUUUAGGAUAAAAUAGGUUGAAAAGAAUUGGUGUUGGCAAUGUCGUUCGUGAUUUGUAUCUUUGGGAUAAUUUGUAGUAGUUCUCACACGAUUUUGUAUAUGAUGCGGUCAUAAUUUUAAGCAUAUAUCAUAACAAAUCCAUUGACCUUAUUUUGUAGGAUGUUUGAGCCGGAUAAAUAUCCCGGCCUUGAUGAUUAUUACGAGGAGAAGCAUCGUGAUGUGCUAGUGGAAAGAGGGGAGGUUCCUCCAGUACUUCGUUUGAGAGGCCACAACCCACGUGAGUCCUUGAGGUAUGACCGUCGCUACGAGCCUUAUUUUAGAAGAAUGGAUCUUCUCCAGUUUGUGCUCAACUUUAAAGGCACACCACCAUGGCUGAACUCGACGGCCAUUACCGCCCUUACGGACCGUUGGAGGCCGGAGACGCACUCUUUUCACCUUGCUCUUGGUGAGGUGACCGUCACUUUGGAGGAUAUUGCGAUGAUCUCCGGUCUUCCGAUCGAGGGCAAGGCUCUUACCAGGAAGGUGAGGUCUGAGGGGUGGCGACAAAAGGUUGCAGGCUUGGUUGGUAUUGAACCUCCCCCGUGGAUUCAUGAAACAAAGAAGGGUCCUAGGCCAUCUGGUGUUUUCUUCUCGUGGCUACAAGAACAUUUUUAUGAGUGCCCAGAGAAUGCCAGUCCGACUAUUGUGGAGAGGUACGCCAGGGCUUACUUAUGGAAUCUUUUGACCCAAGUGGUGUUUCCUGACGGCACGGGAGACACAACCUCGUGGAUGUUCUUGGACCCUCUUCAUAACUGGGAUGUUAAGUGGAGUUGGGGGUCGGCGGCACUAGCCUUCUUGUACCGUCAGUUGGACGGAGCAUGUAUGAGGAGUAAGCCGAAAUCUUGUCUUGGUGGUUUUGUUUGGGCCCUACAGAUUUGGAUGUGGGAGCGUAUCCCUGUGGGCCGUAACUUCACCAUUGCUCCGGAAGAACCUUGGGAGUGGCCUUUUGACGGGGAUGAGGAGCGAUAUCCCACUAUCGCAUACACGUGGGCUAAUGUCCAAGUGUCGAGUAUCGCCGCCAUGGGGCGGUACAAGGCAUACAUAAGCGAGCUUGACAUGCUUACUUACAACCAGGUUAAUUGGAGGCCGUACAUGGUACUUAGGCAGUUCCCUUUGAGCAAUAUGUGCCUUCGUGACCAACAUCUUUGGUGUGUGUGUUGCCCCAUGAUAUGCUUUUUUGCGGUGGAGUGGCAUCUUCCACAUCGUGUUUCGAAGCAAUUUGGAGUACAACAACGCACACCGCCGGAGUAUGUUGAGACAAGUGUGGUGCUACAUAGGACGAGCCGGCAACACAACAAGAAUGUCAUUAAUUGGGAGGAUCACCAUCUUAUGUGGGUAGACAUGUGGAAUGCUCAGAGGAAUGCCCGAGUUGAAGAUGAUCACACACCUGACAACGACGAGGGGGCAUAUUUAAGGCAUUUGGAGUGGCUUCGCAAAGAGUACAGAGUUAUCCUUAAGGGUGCUUGGACUCGUGCCGAUGUUUGGAAGUAAUGCCAAGUGAGGCUGCUGAUGGUGCAUUCAACAACUCUAUUAGGGAGACCAUUGGAGCGCACCUAGAUUAUGGCCCUCUGCAUGACCGAGUGGGCACGGAGCUAUGGAGAUGUAUCAAUGAUAGUAAUGUGGUGCUUGGCCGCGCACCUGGUAGAGAAACAGACGUUCUCGUUAGGAGUACUCUACAGAAGGUUGUGAAUCAUUGCCGAACACUAGCCGCUUUACUUUCUUGCCAUGGCGGUUCAUCCACGAAUGUGCGUGCACAUGCUCAGCAUAGAAUGGAUGUGCUGUCUUCCGCUCGUCCAUCUUCGAGCCAAGCACGUGCUUCUUUCGCUCGUCCAUCUUCCAGCCGAGCAGGUGCUUCUUCGAGCCGAGCACGGAUUGAUGAACAGGAAGAUGAAGAGGAGACAGACUAUGAUGCGGAUCCGGACUAUGUGGAGCUUGGGGCUUCGCAGAUGGAAGAUGCUCCACCGCCAACUCAACCUUCUCAGCCUUCUGAAGAAGCACGCCGAGUUAGCUCAAGAACCAUCCGACGUCCUGGAUGGCAGAACACUCUAGAGGGCUGCGUCAACAGGGGGAAGAUGGCUGCAAAAAGAGGCAAGAAGUGAAGUGAUGACUAAUGCGAACUUGUUAGUUCUAUAUGUGGUGAACUAGAAAUGUAGUUAGUGUUUCAGAUGGAGCAAAUUUGUUAGUUCUAUAUCUGAUGAACUUGUUAUGUUUUAUGUCUGAUGGACUUGUUAGUUCUAUGUUAGCAAGACUUGGUAAUUAUUAUGUAAGCUGGAUCAUGUUAAGUUCGUUGUCGAAAAUAUGUCUCAUUGCUAUA